GGGAGUGACUAGUGGCUGGGACCGGAGGGGCUGGCGAAGGAAGGGAAAGAAUGGCUUAGAAGCCUCUGCCCACCGGACCCCACGCAGGCAGAGGCUCCCGGCAGAGUCCGAGGCUGCCGUGAUGGCUGGGGCUGGGGUAUCCCCUCCCGGGCCCUGAAGGCUCCUGCACCGCCUCGGAGGGGCACCCCAGAAGUUAGCAUCAGUGUGGCGUGGAAGCUCCCAUCUCAACAACAUAGCCCAGCUAUGGCUGGCGAUUCUAGGAAUGCCAUGAACCAGGAUAUGGAGAUUGGGGUCACUCCCAGGGACCCUAAGAAGGUUCCCAAGCAGGCCCGCGACUAUAUCCCCAUUGCCACCGACCGCACACGCCUGCUGGUGGAGGGCAAGAAGCCCCGGCAGCGCUACAUGGAGAAGAGCGGCAAGUGCAACGUCCACCACGGCAACGUCCAGGAGACCUACCGCUACCUGAGCGACCUCUUCACCACCCUGGUGGACCUCAAGUGGCGCUUCAACCUGCUCGUCUUCACCAUGGUCUACACCGUCACCUGGCUGUUCUUUGGGUUCAUCUGGUGGCUCAUUGCUUACAUCCGGGGUGACCUGGACCACAUCGGGGACCGGGAGUGGAUCCCCUGUGUCGAAAACCUCAGUGGCUUCGUGUCUGCCUUCCUGUUCUCCAUCGAGACCGAGACCACCAUCGGGUACGGCUUCCGGGUGAUCACGGAGAAGUGUCCGGAGGGCAUCCUCCUCCUCCUGGUCCAGGCCAUCCUCGGCUCCAUCGUCAACGCCUUCAUGGUGGGCUGCAUGUUCGUCAAGAUCAGCCAGCCCAAGAAGAGGGCCGAGACCCUCAUGUUCUCCAGCAACGCCGUCAUCUCCCUGCGGGACGAGAAGCUCUGCCUCAUGUUCCGCGUGGGCGACCUUCGCAACUCACACAUCGUGGAAGCCUCCAUCCGCGCCAAGCUCAUCAAGUCCCGGCAGACCAAGGAGGGGGAGUUCAUCCCGCUGAACCAGACCGACAUCAACGUGGGCUUCGACACGGGGGACGACCGCCUCUUCCUGGUGUCCCCACUCAUCAUCUCUCACGAGAUCAACGAGAAGAGCCCUUUCUGGGAGAUGUCGCGGGCCCAGCUGAAUCAGGAGGAGUUUGAAAUCGUGGUCAUCCUGGAAGGGAUGGUGGAGGCAACAGGCAUGACUUGCCAAGCACGGAGCUCCUACAUGGAUACGGAGGUGCUCUGGGGCCACCGAUUCACUCCAGUCCUCACCUUGGAAAAGGGCUUCUAUGAGGUGGACUACAACACCUUCCACGACACCUAUGAAACCAACACGCCCAGCUGCUGUGCCAAGGAGCUGGCAGAAGUGAAGCGGGAAGGCCGGCUCCUGCAGUACCUCCCCAGUCCCCCACUGCCGGGAGUCUGUGCUGGAGCAGAGCUGGACGCGGAGGCUGAGCAUGAUGGAGAGGAAGAGCCUGAGGGUCCGAGUGGGUCCCGGGAGACCAGGGGCUCGGUGUGAGGACGGCACUCUCCCCGCAACCUCCCCUCACUGGCUUCUCAUGAGCACAGAUGCUGCAGGGCUGGGGGUGGAGGGGUGAACCAGCUGAGUGUGCUGGGGGUCAGCCAGGAGCCGUUAGGCUCUGUGGGGAGGAGAAGUAACCCAGUCCUGGCACCUGCCAGCUCUUGCCUGGGCCCCCGUGGCAGGGCUGCUUCUUCUCCCCUGGCCUCUGUCACACUGGCUAAGGGCCAGGCCAGGAGGGGUUGCCCCACGACGAAACACACAGGUGGCCUCUGUCCUCACACCCCUCUCUCUGCCAACUGGCCCAGAUCACCUUUCUCUUUGGGUUUCACACCCCCACUGGCAGCAGCCCUCCAGGGGUGACACCUAGAGAGGGCUGUCGCCCCCUUCCCCUCAUUCUGAUCACCCUGGGGCUCGUUGUGGAUUCAGGGCGGGGAGAUUCUGCCUGCCCGGAAGCUCAAACCCCCGGUCCUCGGGGGAGCUCACAGACUUCGGGGUUAAGGUUGAUCCAAGUCUGGCAGCAGUUCCUUGCAAAUCUGUGACCAGUGACCACUUAGUGCGCUACAGAGUGCAAGGCCCUUGCUGGGCGAUCCCUGCAUUACCUGUGAAGUGUGUGUUUUCCCCUGCUGUGUUCUGUGUGUCUAAUGUAGCCUACAGAUCACUGCUUUCCUCUGGGUGACAUUUAGUCGGGGCCCUGGGCCGCAGAGCACCUCGGGCACGUGCAGCGUCUCCGUCGGUCACUUCCUGGCCUUCCCAGCCACACCGUGCCUGCACCUCCCACCCGAGAGAGAACCCCGGCAGCAGGAUCUUUGCUGGGACUGUUGGCCCAAGAAUCUCAAAGUUCUUCUAAGCUUCACUGUGGUUUCACUCACAAUCUCAGAAAGCCCAUGGUGCGAUCCAGGGAGAAUGCUGAGGUCAGAGGACGGGGAGAGCCAGUGGGUGUGAAACAGGGAGGGGGAGGGACGAAGCACAGAGAAAGGCAGGCAACUCGAACUUUAAAAUCAGCAGCAGCAGCAACUGUCGCCGAGAUCGCUGACUUCAACCUCUGUUACCAGGCGACAUACGGACAUGAAGCAACGGGAGAGGUGCCCGCAGAGGCGGCGUCGCCUUUGAGCCCAGGCUGGCGACCCUCAGCUGGUGCCUAGGCCUGGGCCCUGGGCCUCCCCUCCGGCAGGCGGGAGUGUAACACGGCAUCUGGGCCUGGAGAGCAGAGAUGAUGGCCAGGGGAGGGGGUGGCGUCACCCUCACCCUGCAGACACGGAGAAUCAGGAAGGGGGUGAACGUUAAGAGAGAGUUGAGCGGACAACGGCAUGGGACUUCCCUGCGGUCCAGUGGUUAGGACUUGGCACUUUCACUGCCGAGG